UUUUUUUUUAAAUAAAAAGGACAUUGAAAAAUAUUUAUGGAUCAAGCUACAUAGGAUUUACAAGAAAAUUGGAACGAGCAAGUCGAAACUUUCGAAGAAUUAACAUUGAGCAAAGAUUUAUUGAGAGGCAUCUUCUCUUACGGUUUCGAAAGACCAUCAGCCAUCCAACAAAAGGCCAUUAAACCAAUCAUACUUGGCAAAGACGUAUUGGCACAAGCCUAAUCAGGAACUGGAAAGACAGGUACAUUCACCAUUGGUGCCUUACAAAGAAUUGACCCAAAUUAGAGAAAGACCCAAGUCAUCAUUUUGGCACCAGUCAGAGAAUUGGCAAAGCAAAUUUAUGAUGUUGUCAAAGGAAUAGGAUAAUAUUUAAAUAUCGAAGCCUUUUGUUGCAUUGGAGGAACCUCAACUCAAGAAACCAGAGAGAAAUGCAAAUAAGGUGUGCACAUCAUCAUUGCCACUCCAGGAAGAUUGAUUGACAUGAUGAAAAACAAAUAUUUGGAUGCCACAUUCAUGAGAUUAUUGGUUGUUGAUGAAGCUGAUUAGAUGUUGGAUCAAGGAUUCAGUGAUAACUUCGCUGAAAUCCUUAAAAUGGUACCAGGAGAUAUCUAAAUUGCAUUGUUUAGUGCAACAUUCCCAUAAGAAAUUAUUGAAUUGAGUAAAUAAUUCUUAAGAGAAGGAACAGCAAAGAUUUUAGUCAAGAAAGAAUAAUUGACCUUGGAAGGUAUUAGAUAGUUCUACAUUGCCAUUUAAUAAGAAGACCAAAAGUUCAGAGUUUUGGUUGAAUUAUACAAGAAUCUUACAGUUUCAUAAUCAAUCUUAUUUUGCAAUUCCAAAAAGACAGUCGAUGAUCUCCAUGAUAAAUUGACAGCAGAAGGAUUUACAGUCAGUAAAAUCCACAGUCAAAUGGAAUAAAAGGAAAGAGAAUAAGUUAUGUAAGAAUUCAAAAAGGGAGCUGCAAGAAUCCUAGUAUCGACAGAUCUUAUGGGAAGAGGUAUUGAUGUUCAAUAAUUAUCUUUGGUUAUCAAUUAUGAAUUCCCAAGACUCAAGGAAUAAUAUAUUCACAGAGUUGGAAGAGCUGGUAGAUAUGGUAGAAAGGGAGUUGCAAUCAACAUGGUCGCUCAACAAGAAGCUAAUCUCUUAUUAGAAGUUGAAAAGUAUUACAACACUAAAAUCGAUGAGAUGCCCAAGGAUUUGGCUGAAGUAGAGAAGGAAUUAAGUUGAAAAAUCAGUAUAUGUAUAAAUAAGAGUAUAUAUAUUAAAUUAAACCAUUAUUAGUAUA